UUCUGUAGGGUUUAGGGUUUUGAGAACUUACGCCCGCCCUUUUUUUUCCAUUAUAGGGAGCUCAACAGAUGCUCGAUUACUGCAUUUCUUGGGUUUCCAUUCUUGAAAUUCCAAGGUCUUCAGUAGAACAGGUACAGAACACAGGAGACAAUCAUACCGGCCCUCUUGUUUCGUAGAAGUUAUAGGUUUCUUUGGAGAAAUACAGGCUAUAAUCAGUUGUUUCAAGAAAAACACAGGCUAUAAUCAGUCAUGGAUUGCAACAACCUGAAAAAUUAAGGUUUUUACUGCACCAGCCAUGAAUUACAGGUUCCAGAACUUGCUUGGAGCUCCUUAUAGAGGAGGAAACAUAGUGUUCUCAGAUACAACCCUUAUAUCCUCUAUUGGAAACCGCAUUUCUGUAACUGAAGUUUCAGAGUCUAAGUCCUCUGCUCUCCCCUUCUAUUCUCCGACCAAUAUCUCUCGCCUUGCGUGUUCUCCUGAUUCAUCAUUCAUAAUUUCCAUUGAUUCUUUGAACCACUGUGUUUUCGCAAACCUUCGCCUUCGAGUUCCUCUUCAUCAUCUCAAUUUCAAGGAGGCUGUGCAUGCUGUGAAAUUCAGCCCGGAUGGAGUUCUGAUUGCCUUUGGGGUUGGUAAGCUUGUUCAGGUAUGGAAAUCACCUGGUUUUAAGAAGGAGUUUUCGGCUUUUCAAUUGGUCAAGACCUUUGCCGGUUUUGAUGGGGCUGUUAGGGCUUUAGAUUGGAGUCCUGAUUCGCAGUGGUUGCUCGCUGGUUCGAAAGACUUGACUGCUAGGCUCUUUUGCUUGAAGAAAUUGAAGAGGCUUAAGCCGUUUGUGGGUCAUCGCGAUGUUAUCACUGGGGUCUUUUUUCAUAAAAAUGGUGACCAGGUUAAUGGGGUUUAUACGGUUUCUAAAGAUGGGGCGCUUUUUAGCUGGGAUAUUGAAUUCGAGGUGGAAAACAAUGGAGUUGAGUUCUCAAAGGCAAAAGACGAGGAAUUAUCAGACCCUCCAUCUCCAGGAACUCCUGAAAUAAAAGGGUCUUCUGAUGUGCAAAAAACGAAGAUAGUGGAUAGGCUUUCUGAUGAAGAGGGAUAUCUGGGGAAGAGAAACAGAGCAGGAGAAUUUCAGGAAAUUGAGACCCAAGAGAGCAAAAUUGGUCAACAGGAAAAGCAGAAUUCGUUUGAUGAUAAUAUUCGGUGUCCUUUGCAUAAGGGGACAUGGGUACUUAGAAAGAAGUAUUUCUUUAUGCAACCACAUGCAAAGUUAACAGCUUGUGAUUAUCACGCAGGGCUUGACAUAAUGGUGGUUGGGUUUUCUUCUGGCGUUUUUGAGCUCUAUCAGAUGCCAGAUAUCACCCUCAUUCACUCGUUUUCAAUCUCUAGGGAGAAGAUCACAACUGCCUCAUUUAAUAAGCAUGGGAAUUGGCUGGCUUUAGGGUGUGCAAGGCUUGGGCAGCUUCUUGUGUGGGAAUGGAGGUCUGAAACCUAUGUUUUCAAGCAGCAGGGGCAUUACUUUGAUGUGAACUGCAUGGCUUAUUCUCCUGAUUCUCAGAUUCUGGCUACUGGAGCAGAUGAUAAAAAAAUCAAGUUGUGGAACGUUUCUUCAGGGUUUUGUUUUGUGACGUUAUCUGAGAAUGGGAAAGAGAAUGGUCACACUAAUGCAGUUACUGCUCUCCAUUUUACGCCCAAUAACCGUUGUCUCCUUAGUGCAUCCCUUGAUGGUACAGUUCGUGCUUGGGAUUUAAUUCGUUACAGGAAUUUCAGGACAUUUACCACUCCUUAUGAUAGGCAAUUUGUGUCAUUAACCUCGGAUCCGAGUGGUGAAGUUAUUUGUGCCGGAUCCCUUGAUUCAUUUGAGAUAUUUGUUUGGCGAAUGAAGGACAGCCGCUUGCUGGAUACUCUUAGUGGCCACGAGGGUCCUGUCCAUGGGUUGACGUUUUCUCCCAUAAAUGCAGUUCUAGCUUCCUCUUCGUGGGACAAAACUGUUCGUCUGUGGGAUGUUUUUGAUGGAAAAGGUGCUGUAGAGACGUUCCCACAUACACAUGAUGUUCUUACUGUGGUCUAUCGCCCUGAUGGAAAACAGCUAGCAUGCAGCACAUUAGAUGGUCAGAUACACUUUUGGGAUCCUGUUGAAGGCUUAUUGAUGUAUACUAUUGAGGGACGCAGGGACAUUGCUGGUGGACGACUCAUGAGUGAUCGAAGAUCUGCAGAAAAAUCGACUUCAGGGAAAUGUUUUACAAGCUUAUGCUACUCUGUUGAUGGAAGUUACAUCUUAGCUGGGGGGAAUAGCAAGUAUAUUUGCAUGUAUGAUGUUGCAGAUCAGGUAUUAUUGCGUAGAUUUCAGACUUCUAGCAAUCGCUCCUUGGAUGGGGUUCUUGAUUUUUUGAACUCUAAAAGGAUGACAGAUGCUGGGCCCUUGGAUUUAAUUGAUGAUGUGGAUAGUGAUGUAGAGGAUGGCAUUGAUCAACAAAUAAAGGGUAAGUUGGGGUAUGAUUUACCCGGAGCUAUAGGCAACCAUGGGCGACCUGUGAUCCGUACAAAAUGCUUGAGGAUAGCUCCAACUGGAAGGUCAUGGGCAGCGGCUACAACAGAGGGAGUAUUAAUAUACUCGAUGGAUGAUUCCUUUCUCUUUGACCCAAAUGAUCUCGACAUAGAUGUCACUCCUGAGGCAGUUGAGACUGCUCUAAGUGAAGGCCAGCAUUUGAGGGCAUUAGUUCUUGGUCUGCGUUUGAAUGACGACAAAAUAAUCAAAAGAUGCAUUUUUGCUGUGAAGCCACCAGAUGUCUCAACUGUUGCUGCUUCUGUUCCUACGAGAUAUUUAAACAGGUUAAUGGAAACACUUGCUGAUCUUCUUGAUAAUGCUCCACAUUUGGAGUUUGUCCUUGUAUGGUGUCAGGAGCUUUGCAAAUCUCAUGGUCAUACUAUACAGCAAAACUACAGAAACUUACUUCCAUCUUUAAGAUCUUUACAAAAGUCAAUGACCAGGCUUCAUCAGGAUUUGGCAGAAACUUGUUCCUCAAAUGAGUAUUUACUUAGAUAUCUGUGCGCCAAUGGCACCAUGAAAUAAAAGAUCAAAUUAAUCAUGUGCUGCAUAUUCCUGCAAAGUUGGUUGUUGCGUUGCAUGUGUUUGAGGUGAAAGAGAUUUUGAUAACUGUAUUAGCACAAAACAGCUAUUCGAGAUAUCGUGGCUAUGACAAAAAUGUAUGGGGCCUGAAUGCCAUACAAUGAAUUAUUGCAUGCGCAUAUUCCUCGUGUGGUAUUCAAGUGUGGUUUAAAGUUUUGGGAGACCAGACUUUAGAAGAUAAGCGGUCAUCUUGUCAUGGAUGGCCUUAACAACUGACUGUAACUGGUGAGUUCCAUCAACAUAGAGUCUUUUCAAUGGGCCUGUUGUAUCUUUUUCUUUUGUAUCCUUUUCUUGUUAAUGCUUGAGGCCAAGUUUUGUUUGGGGUAUUUUGGUCAUUUUCUUCUAAAGAAAUAUUAUGAACGAAUGAUAUUUACUGUGACAUAAGUAUCAACCUUUU